AUGCGCCGGCAGAGUCGGACUGAGUGUGCGCGCCAGGGGGCUCCGGCGCCGCCGCGGACCCGAGCGGAGCCCGGUGACGUAGCCCUGGACCUCCCGGGUAGCUCGCGCCCAUCCCCCGCUCGGCCCCGCGACUUCCGGCAGCGCUUCCUCCGUCUGGCCGUGGGCCCCGUAGCGCUGCUGGCAGGCGCGCACGCGGAGCUUCCCGGCUGCAAGAUUCGCAUCACCUCCCAGGCGUUGGAACUGGUGAAGCAGGAGGGGCUGCGCUUUCUGGAACACGAGCUGGAGACCAUCACCAUUCCAGACCUUCGGGGUCGCGAGGGACACUUUUAUUACAACAUCUCAGAGAUGAAGGUCACAGAGUUGCAGCUGACCUCUUCGGAGCUCCACUUCCAGCCGGAACAGGAACUGGUCUUGAGGAUCACCAACGCCUCCUUGGGACUGAACUUCCGGAGACAGCUACUCUACUGGUUCUUCUACGAUGGCGGCUACAUCAACGCCUCGGCUGAGGGUGUCUCCAUCUACACUGCGCUGCAGCUCUCCCGGGACCCCAAUGGGCAGAUCAGGCUGUCCAACAUCUCCUGCCAGGCCUUUGUCGCCAAAACGCAUGCAGCCUUCGGGGGCACCUUCAGGAAGGUGUAUGACUUUCUCUACACGUUCAUUGCCUCGGGGAUGCGCUUCCUUCUCAACCAGCAGAUCUGCCCAGUGCUGCACCACGCAGGGAUGGUUUUGCUCAACUCCCUCCUGGCCACCGUGCCUGUGAGGGGUCCUGUGGAUGAGCUCGUGGGCAUUGACUACUCCCUCUUGAAGGAUCCAGUGGCCUCUGCCAGCAACCUGGACAUGGAAUUCCGGGGGGCCUUCUUCCCUUUGGCUGAGAGCAACUGGAGCCUACCCAACCAGGCGGUGGAGCCCCAGCUGCAGGAGGAGGGGCGCAUGGUGUAUGUGGCCUUCUCAGAGUUCUUCUUCGACUCGGCCAUGGAGAGCUACUUCCGGGCCGGGGCUCUGCGGCUCUCUCUGGUCGGGGACAAGGUGCCCCACGAUCUGGACAUGCUGCUCCGGGCCACCUACUUUGGGAGCAUUGUCCUUCUGAGUCCGGCAGUGCUUGACUCCCCGCUGAAACUGGAGCUGCGGGUGACGGCACCCCCGCGCUGCACCAUCAAACCGUCAGGAACCACCAUCGCCGUCACUGCCAGCGUCACCAUUGCCCUGGUCCCGCCCGACCAGCCUGAGGUCCAGCUGUCCAGAAUGACCAUGGACGUCUGGCUCAGCGCCAAGAUGGCACUCCGGGGCAAGGCCCUGCGCGCGCAGCUGGACCUGCGCAAGUAUGCCAGGGAUGGCCCCGGGAAGCCCUCGCCCUCUCCCAGCCUCUGCGGCUGCAGGAUGAUCCCCCCUGCCCAGUAG